GGAGGGAGAAGAAAGCAGCAUAUGUAUGCCGGAUAUGGUACGAGGAGCUUCUGAUAUGAAUAUGCACAUGCUACGCUGCUGCCGUGUUUUUUUUUUUUGGUCAAGUGCUCCGAGAGGUACAAGAUAUGCUCGGUUGGCUUGUUGCACGACUCUCGAUUAAUACAUGUCGGAUAACCAUUUGUUUAGCAGCAGAAACGUGGACCUUGAUGAGCGGUUGGAUGGGCGUACAGAACUAUGGUAGCGGACACGAUGAUUUGAUGGGCUGCAGCCCAAUCAAGCAUCGAACAAGGCCCAUUUCCAGGCCUGGGCGCGCGCCAAUCUACUCUGUUGUGGGCGGGUGCACAGCGGGAGGAUCUGAAACAUGGCGUGGGGUGGUUGGCGCGUGGGGAGUGGCCGUCGUUUACCGGGCCGGGUGCGCUCUCACGUUGCUGAAAGCUUUUGCUGGUCGACGGGCGGGAAGAAGGGGAGUAGUGGAUAGGUGGAUAAAUGGAUAGGGUGAUGGAUCGUGGAAGGAAUGUAUCACUACUGGGGAUGGUCUGCUGAGAGGAGAGCGCCAAGUCAUCGGAUCAAGGAGAAGCAAACUUUCCGCCCAAAUGUUUCCGCUCAGAGCACGCAAAUGGUGAUGCCCAGGUGUGAAUUUCCA